UGAGCAUCUAUAGUAUAGUUCACUAAGCGGAGUUGGAUUUCGUGUCUUUGGUAUAAUGGUCAAAUUCAGCUGGAGUUUGGGAGCAGACCUAGUUGUUUCACUGGGAUAGAUAGCUGAGCAGAUUUCCUUACAUUCCUUACAUCUGACGCAUCUGCAUCAUGGAAACGGAAUGCUCGAAGAGAGUGUAUCAGGGAGUCAGGGUUAAGCACACGGUGAAAGAUCUGCUGGCAGAGAGGAGGUCACGGCAGACGAGCGGCCCGCGCUACCCUGGUGCCUCGUCUCCUCCAAGUCCAUUUGGUCCAAUGACUGGUUCUCAUAUGCUUCCUAGUUACUAUGGCAUGAGAAGACCUUUCAUUUCAGACGCAGAGUUUUGUUCCUCAACAAAAUCAUUUUCUGCUGACGUCUACCCCUCAUCAAUAACAGGAAAGUCUCUCUCGUGUGACACCGGAUGCAUGUCUGGUUAUUCCUCACUUAUAGACAGCUUCUAUCCAGAGUCUUUUGGCGACUACCGCAGCACUCCUUUCUCCAGCGGAGGAAGUACAAUAUUCUCACCCUCUGCAUUGUCUUCUUUGCUCCCUUCUUACUCCAGUGACACAUCACAUUAUUUGCUGAGGGACUCUUGGGAGGCCACGGGGGGCGACGGCGUGGAGGGUUUGUGUGGAGAUGCUCUGGCUCCCAUGCCCCUGCCCACACCCAGUUCUCUGGUCAACCCCAACACCGUCAGCCCAACCCAGUUCCGCUCAUCGUCCCGGGACUCUAGCAUGACAUCUUCACGGUCAUACUCUCUCCAUUCACUAGAUGAAGUCAAUUAUCACUCCUCAUUUCAAACCAACUCUGGCAGCUUUGCUUCCCCUUCAUUCAUGACUGAGCCUGCGACCAAACUAGUGCCAGUACUUCCCUCAGAAGAUACUGAAAGUGCCCCUUCAGUCUUGAGCGACAGCCUGGCUUGGGGCAAGGAGGACACUGCAAGCACUUGGUCACAGUAUGAGGUCAGAAGGGCAUUCUGAGAUUGAACUGGAAGGAAAUAAAGGCUCACCAGCCUAGCAGAUCAACAUCUCUUUAAUACACAACAAUAAGCACUACAAUCUUUUUUUGUGCCAGUUUUACUUAGCAGAGCUAAGGCUUAAUAUUGGGGAACAAAUUAUAUCUUAAAUGUAAUGUUUUUAUUGUAUCGUUUAUUAUAAUUGUCUCUUCUUUUUUUAUAUUAAAACUUAUAUUGUCUCAGUAGGAUAAUUAGGAUAAUAAUCAGUAUAAGGAGUCUGUAUAACAGAUUUUGAAAAAAAUUUGUGACACGCAAGUGACUGAGUCUAUAUAAAUGUAUAUUAUCUGCAAAAAUGAAGUGUUACAAUAUUUAUAGUUGCUGUGUAAUAUCUAGCCCUAUUUCUCUUCUUGUGAGUCUUUCAUUUCAAAAGCAUGUUGUGAAAAUGGUCUUAAAGGUAAAUAAACUAGAAUUACAAAAAAAGCAUUCUUGUAACUCUACAGCACAAUGGACUGAUGGAGUGUCUGAUGUAAACACAACAUAAAAAAACCCCAUUACAUUUAAUGAAACCUCAAACUUACAAACA